UUAGAAAAUAUAAAGAAUAAAUUAAACAGAAUUAAACUUGAUGAACAUUAAAAGUGAACAAUAAUGUGGUGUACUACGCAUGACACUUUUGUGCUCCUUCUGUUAUCCAUAAUUUGUUUUGCUUUCCUGUUUUUCACUUCGACCUGAGAGAGCAUUUUACCGCACGGUAAAAUUUUCUUUCCUUUAUUCCCGUGGUCUAUCACAAGUUCGACGAAAUCAAAACAUUCAUCACACGUAAUCUUGUCGUUUAAAAAUUAAGUAACGAAUUUCAUAAAUACGAAUCGAAAAGAAGCAAUUAAGUUUAUAACAAAUAAGACUGAGAAUACUUGCGAACAAAGACAGCGCGGAAAAUUACCGCAUACUGCGUUAAGAUAUAUCGUAGAUUUGUUAAUAAUUUUAAUUGAUUACGAUGGAAACAAACAAGAUAAACGAGAAGAGUGAACUACAUGAACGUUAUGUGAAAUUUCCAAUAACGAAUAUUACACUUUUAUUAAGUACAGUUAAUAGAAGCAAUGAUCAGCUGCGUCAAGAGAUAAUUGAUUUCAAUGACGAGAUAACAAAGGAAGAGUUAAAUAUAAAUAAUCUCGAGGAGCGCAAGAUGUUUUUAUGUUACAGAUACCAAACCAUAUAUCACAGCCAAAACAAAGAACAGAGCGAAAUAAGCGAAACGGAUAAUAAUCUUACUGUAAGUGACAUCUUUCCUAGUAUGAAGGCGAUCUUUCCGCCACAUCGUUUUCGAAGCUCGUCACAAAUUUCGCUGGUGUGUGACAUAGUCAUUUUGCAAAUAGUACUCUACUUUGAUAUCAGCUCCAGCGUGGGAUUUAUGCAAAACUUCCUUUCCUCGCAUCAGGAUUAUCUGAUGAACGACACUUCUAGAAUUAUGUAUAUGCAGAUAAUGGAACGUCUUUUAGAAUUUUUGCGCUUGCGACCUGUUGAUCCAGAUGUGUAUAAUCCUAGUGGUACAUAUAUAGAGAUUUUGAAGUCGUGGAUAGAGACAUACAAGAAUUCUGAAUGGAAAACAUUGGCAUCGAUAUUUCCAAAAUUAAUAGACAUUUUUUCAUGGGAUGAUAUCAUGCGUCCACUGUGGUAUUAUAUCCUGCACGACGUAUAUCCCCAACCUAAUGUAUCGUAUUGCCGUAUUCUCCCUAUUCUAAGUGCUAUAACAGACACAUGUUUUAUACCAUUCGAUUCCACAAAUUAUGUUCUACAUGAUAUUUAUUAUAACCGUGCAUUCUGGUCCUUAAUAUUAAAGGGAUUAGGAGCGUCCUCGUCACAAUACCGCAAGCAAGCUCUGUACAUAAUGAAAACAGCGGUCAAUUCUUUGAACGAAAGUAUCAGAUCAAAUUUAAUAACAUCGAAAGGCAUGAAGGAAGAAAUUACACCUUUCGUUUGUGACCAAAUCGAUAUAUCCCCGCCGAUGGACUGCGUUAAGGAAAAAUUCUUCCUGGUAUAUGAAGCGUUAGAACAAGAACAGGAUGACUUGGUAAUGCCAGCUUUAAUUCACGUGACAGAUCUAAUAGAAGCGAACAAGAAACACGAUAUCUGCAGUUGCUUCGACAUUGUGUGGUUGCGGUGCAUUUUUGAGAAGAUUCUGACGCACGAGAGCACUCAAGUUACAAAGUGGGGUGUAUCACACGUUCUGAAAUUAGACGAAGCCAUUUUCGAUGUUCACUUCCUCGAAAUCUUUAUAAAUACUCUAAACAACCCACACCUCUAUGAGUGUCAGUCCGUCGAGGAUCGCCCUGAAAUUGUGGGGGAACUCACGGAAUUUUUCAAACGGGCGCAGAAAAGUUAUCUAUUUAAGAGAUUUGUUAGACACAUUAACAAAAACAUUAUCUGGGAGCCCUUAACAAUAUUUUACGUAAUCUAUGCGUUACGAAUAAUUUCACCAAAGGAGGCACACUAUUGCGCUUGGGAAACCGAUGAAUUGAAAGCCAUUAAAUUAUUAGUCGAAAAAAGUCUAAGCUCGUCUUCCUCGAUUCCAAGUACCGCGUGUCAAAUCGAACUCUUGCGAGCGAUCUGCAAUUACGUACGCCAAAUAGACGAUUUGCCAUUAUUUGCUGAUGUUCUAGCUACAUUUUCCUGUCUCGCGAAAGAAACCGAUUCUUGGAACAUUAUAACAAUAUGGCUGUCAGGUGUUUUGUCGGACACAGCGGCGAAAAACAGCAAAAGGGUGAUUGCUCCGUUAUGGAAUCACAGUUAA